AUGUCGGGACAAGCCAAGACAACACAGAACGCUGCCGCUGGACCCUCAAAUGGCGCUGCCCCCCAAGAGAAAAAGGAGCUUCCCAAGCUCGGUGCUUUAGAAGACGACGACGAGUUUGAGGAUUUCCCUGCCACAGACUACGGAGGGAACGUUCAAGAUGCCCUGAAGAAGUCUGGUGCUGGCCCCAAUGACAAGCUGUGGGAGGACAACUGGGACGACGACGAUGUGGACGAUGAUUUCACCAAGCAACUGAGAACGGCGAUCCAGGAGCGCACAAACGCACCCGGGGAUGAGGCCAUGAAGGAGUAG